AUGGAGGUGGAGGAGGAGGAAAGACGAUCUCCGCACAGUCGUGGGGAAGCGUGUGUUCCCGAGAGUUUCUUUGAUCGCGUAACGCAAGGGUUACGCGGCGAUCUAGAACAUGAGCGGAAUAGGCGUCUCCAACUGGCGGACGCUGUCUUGAAGCAUCGAGCUGAGUUUGCCUUUGCUCAGCUUGAGAACGAGAGAGCUCUGACAUCUCUUCGUGACGAGCUAAGUGUAGCUCGUGUGGAUAUUGACCGAUCUCGGGCUGAGAUAACUGCUCUUCAGACCCUUGUCGAUGCCCACCAUCGGGAGCACAAGGCUCUCUGUGAGAUGCUUGAGCGCAAGGGCGUUCUUCAUCGGAAGAAGCAGCGUACUGAUGGUACGGCUUAA